UCUCUCCCGGAGAAGGACAACGGAAGUAAAACAGAGAACAUGGCAGAAGUCGCUCCAGCCGCGCCCGCUGCCACGAAGGCGGCGAAGAAGAAGACCACCAAGACCGCCAAGCCCGGACUGAGCGUUUCAACGCGCAUUGUCGAAAUCGUGACCUUAUCCAAGGAGCGCAAAGGGGUUUCCCUCGCCUCCAUCAGGAGCUCCCUGGCCGCCUCCGGCUACGAUGUGGAGAAGAACAAGGCCCGCGUUAAGAUUGCGGUGAAGAAUCUGUUGGCCAAGGAUAUCCUGGUCCAGACCAAAGGCACUGGCGCCUCCGGGUCCUUCAAGGUGAACACCGAUGCGAAGAAGACCAAAUUGCCCGCUAAGGCAAAAACCGCCGCUAAGAAGACUUCAGUGAAAAAACCCGCAGCCAAGAAAGCUGUUGCCAAAAAAUCUACCAAGAAGGUAACUACCCCCCAAAAGGCAGCUAAACCAGCGGCAAAGAAGACAACUAAAAGCCCGGCCAAGCGUGCUGCCAAGAGCACAAAGGUGACCAGAAAAGCCCCCGCGGCAAGGAAGAGUCCUGCGGCCAAGAAGGCCCCCGCAAAGAAGGUGACCAAGCCCAAAGUCAAGACUGCAGCUAAGAAGGCGCAGCCUCCAGUCUUCAAGCCAGGGUCUUCUAAAGAUCCCCAAACCUCGUUUUAAAACCCGUGGAGACACGGCAUUCCAGGAUAUAGCUCCCAGACUCUGGAACAAUUG